CGGAGGAAAGAGACGAGCUCGAUGCUUCUCGCGGAGGACAUCGAGGAGAACAGGAGAGCGACCAUAGCCCUGGAAGAGCAGGAAAAGGAGUUGCAGGGGAAGCGGGAGCGUUUGCGAGAAAGAGCCGAAAAGGUGGCAAAAGAAAAGGAGGAACUGAGGCAGUUAAAACGGGAUACUGCUAAGGAGCUGCAAGAAAAUCAGGCCCAAAAGCUGCAAGCCAUCCAACAUGCAAAGGAAGAGGAAGAAAAAAUCGAAAAGCUAGAAAAGAGCAUUGAAGAACUGACGAAACGGUAUGAAGGCCUGCUCGAAGAAAGACAAGAACAGCACCGGCGUAGACGGCAGGCCAAACUAAACCGGGAGAGCAGUGCAAAGAUGCCUGGAAAGUUUGAGGACGCCGAUCGACGCCGUGAAUGCCGUAGAGCAGAGUACCUGAGAGACGAAAACCUACGACUUAAAGCUGAACUAAAAGAGAUCGAUCGCUCAAAUCUGGAACUGCAGAAGGACAUAAAGGAGGAGAAGACUCGUAUCCUGCACCUCUCCGAAGAGCUGAGGCAGAAGAAGACAGAGCUGGAAGACAUCACAGCAGAAACAGAAAGAUUGAAACUGAAACUAGAGGAAGAGCUCACCACUGAACAUGAAGACGAGGUCCUGAACGCUCAGAUAAAGGCCGGGAUUCGUUCGAUGUAUCAAAUGAUCGCACCUUACUGGAAAGAGUCUGAAGCUGUUGAGGACCCCUUCAAGCAGCUGCAGCUGUUUCAACUUAUGAAAGCUUUUGGUGAAGAACAAAAAGCAGGUGAAACUAAAGACAACAAGCAGCGGAGAUCCAAGCUAUGAAGAUGCACCAAAACCAGCCAGAUGUACCUAAACUACAUAAUAAAAUCAUUUUGACAGCA